CAUGAGAUCACACUGUAAUAACCAGCCUAGCUAGCUUCCCUUCAUGUGUAUAAAACUCAACGUCAGAUGCCUGAGUUCAUUCGGAAGUUGUCAGAACAAAGAGAAUAGCCAACUCAUCAUAAAAGAAACUUAAGUUAAGAUGGAUGCCAUGCCAACAGUAGAUGAUCGUGUUUAUGAGGAUUUUGAACCUCAAAUGGAGUGGACUAAAGAGGAGGACUGCGACACUUUAAUCCUUCUCCUGCCAGGUUUUAGAAAGGAGCAAUUAAAGGUUCAGCUCACCUCAAAUCUUACUCUUAGGAUUAGCGGCGAACGCCCGCUUGGUGACCAGAAAUAUCGGCGUUUCAAGAAGGAAAUCUCGGUCCCAUUGAAUACAGAGACAACUGAAAUCACUGCAGAGUUUGAAAAAGGCACACUUUACGUCAGACACCCGAAAGCGAUCUCUCAACACAUGCCCAAAAGUGAACCACAAGAUCAGAAGGAUGCUCAUGAACAACAGGCUGCUCCAGAAGUUGCUUCAAAGGCCAGUCAUGUGGAAAAACCAUCAUAUGAGAAAACUACUGUGCAAGAAAGUGUCUUAGAUCAUGGUAACAAAGAUCCUCAAAAGGCACCAAAGAAAAAGGAGUCGAGCAGUAGCGAUGGAAAGAGUAGCAUGGUUGAGGAUGCUACAGGUGAAUUAAUUAGAGUGCUGAAAGGCCGUUAUAACCUAGUGGUUGGUGGCUUAAGUACCUGGGAUCUGAAGAAGCCAAAGACAUUGAUGAUGCUUGCAUUAAUAUUGGUUCUGGUAGCUGUGCUAUCUGUUAAAUUAAUUGCAAUGAAGCCUUCUGGACAACCUAAAAGUACACAUUCCACAGUGUAGUUAUAUUUGUAAAACUUUCACUGCAUGUAAGUUCAAAUGGAUUCAUGAAUUGAAUAAAGGGGCUUCAAAAUUGGAGACAUAUCCCUAAA